AUGACUCACGACCACGACCCCCUUCGAUUGGCCCCUCCCGCGAAAACGCUGGAGACUGUGACUGACUGUCCGCCAUUCUCUUCCCCUUUUUCGAAUUCAAAAGGAGGGAGAUGGGAAGGGGAAAUGAUUCUGAAAACUUUGGCCAUAUUUUGCGGGUUCUUGUCCAUCAUUGCCUCCGUAUGGAUCGUUGUGGAAGUCCUAAAGGAACCCUCGAAACGAUCCAACGUUUACCAUCGUUUGCUGUGUGGAAUGAGUCUCUGGGAUGGAAUUGUGUCCGCGGCAAUGUUCUUGUCCACUUGGCCAAUGCCGACCGGGGGUGAAGAUGAAGACAAUACAGUUUGGGCAAUUGGGAAUGAGCUAACGUGUCUCAUUCAAGGAACAUUUGUGCAAUUCAGCAUAGCACCACCGAUUUACAACUUUUGCCUCGCCCUUUAUUACAUGCUCGUGGUCAAAUACAAGUAUUCGGAAAAGCAAGUCAAGAAGAUUGAACCGUACAUGCAUGCCUUGCCCAACAUGGUCGGAAUUGGAACGGCCUUGUUUGGGCUGUUUCAUGGAAUCUAUGGGAGCGCCCUGUUGUGGUGCUGGAUCGAACCCGAUGAUACUCAAUUUCGGUGGGAAAUGUAUUACAUUCCACUUUGGAUUGUCAUUAUUCUCAUUACCACGAUUAUGAUUGUCGUCUAUCGAACCGUGGAACGCCGGGAAAUGAAACUGAUAUUGGGAGUAGGGGAUACUACUACUACUACUGGCAAUGCUGCUGCUGCUGCUGCUGCUGCUGCUGCUGUCACUAAUAAUGCCACCAAUCGCAUGUCGCUGACGUCUCAAGGGAGCGAACGGUCCUUUGUGGUGCAGCAGCAACAACAACAACAACAUCACAAUGCGUUUGAUGGCAAUAGUAGUUUCAGAGGUUCCAUUACUUCCGGGACUGACCAUGCGAAUGAAGGAUUGUUGUUGCUUCCCGAAUCCAUGAUGGAUGCCUUGCGAAUAGCUCGGGCCAGUCGGAGUAGUGGUGGUGGUGGUGGUGGUGGUGGUGGGACUAUUACUCCUCUUGUCGGAGCACCAUCCAACGACCGCCAUGGAAGCAGUACCAACUUUGUAGCCGAUGCUCUCCAACGCGCAAGUUUGAAUCAUGCAAAUUUGAACCACACUGUUGGACCCAAGAAUCCGAGUAUUAUUAGUGGCGGCGGUGGUGGAUUGUUGGAUGCUGACCAAGUGAUGGACGCGAUUGGUGGAUUUGCCUCGGUAAAGGAACAGCAGUCUGUGGAGAGCAACAAAUUGGGAAGUCGGGCAGUCUUUCGACAAUCGCUUUAUUAUACCCUAUGCUUCUAUGCUGUAUAUGCCUUUCCGACUCUGAAUCGAAUCCUGGAGUUGCAUGGGCACUCUUUUUUUCUGAUAUUUUUGUUACAUGGCAUCAGCAUUCCAGCCGCAGGGAUUUUGAACCUGAUCGUCUACCGAUACCCAUUCUACAAACGUUUGAAACAGCGCUACCCAGGAAUGAGCCGGUGGCAGCGCGUCCGAAGAAGCAUUCGAUGGUCCUUCCUCGGACCAAUCAAGGAGAGUAACAAAGUUACUCCUUCGCAGAUGCAAUCUCAGAAAAGCAAGAUUGAUCCGCGCAAUUCCAGUAAUAUGCAUAGCAAUCUUUUGGAGGGCUCUACUGCAGGCAAUAGCCAGCAGCCACCCGAUUUGCUGUCGUCGGAAUUCGAUCCUUCCAUUUACCGAAGCUCGUUUAUGCAAACCAUCAUUGACGACAUGUUGCACUUUGAUGAUCAAGAUUAUAUUGGAAAUAAUAUUGACUUGUACAAUCAAAUGGAAUCCGAUCUGAAUGCCGUUUAUUCAGAAUUUCCAACCGCGCUGACGGAAGAUACAGUGGUUGUGCCCACUGACUUUCCAGUGGUGCUUCGACGCGAGUCUAUCUCAGAAGAACACUAA